GUGCAGCCAAAACAUGCUGCACACGAUGGCCAUGUCAUGCACGCAUCCGGGACUUUUCGGUUCCUCCUGUGCUUGCUCAGCGCUUUUGGGCUCGGACACGGGCAGGUGGCUGAGAAUCGGCAAUGGCGGCUCGUCAACGCCGAGCCGCUGGUGGGCUUCUGGUCUGUGGUGGAGGUGGAGUUCCAUUCGACCGGAAGCUGCAAUGAGCAGGUGGAGGGCGCCCCCAUCGCGUCAGGAUCUGUGAUGAUCAGCCUGUCCGGGAGCCACUUUGUGAGCAAGGCGGCGGACGGCAACGCUACCCCGGUGCUGGAGGCGGGCUGGUGGUCGGACUGCGGCUAUGUCCUCGGAAGCAUGACAGACUUUGGGGGUGGCUGUGCUGCGGGGGAGGCGUGGAUCGGCCUGGACAGCGGGUUCACCACCUUUGAGGUGAAGUGCGUGCGUUUGGUGCAGCCCCUGGAGGAGAACCACUCGGCGUCCAGCAUAGGCCUCGACCGGUGGGAUGGCGCUACCUGGGUGCGGGUGAAGACCUUUCUGAACACCGGAGGUGUGGAGGCAGCGGGGCGCUUUCUGGACCUCACGGUGGACGAGAACUCCAAGUGGCGGCUGAGGCCUUUGAAGAGCCAGGUGGCAGCCUGGGUGGAUGCGCCCUGGAGUGUUCAGGAGUGGCAGCUCUUCCCGGACGUGGAGUGCAGCGGCUCGCCACUGACCGCACGCUUUGUGGGCGCCAGCUUCCAAGGCAACGGCAGCGCCUGGGACGGCGCCAACCCGCCGUCGCGGGCGCAGGAUGGUCUCCUGGACACCGGCUGGGCGUCGUAUUGCACAGGCGCAGACGUGUCCGGCUGUGAGGAGGGCACCUGGCUGGAGGCCCAGCUGCACACCGCCGCAGUUGUGCGGUGCAUGAGGCUACUGCAGGGCGACGCCUUCGCCCCAGCCGUGCAGCUGCAGGCGGGCAGCGGCCUCGCCUUCGCCAACGCCAGCCUCUUCUACGAGCUGUCGCCCGGGAGCUGGCAGCACCUGGCGCGCUUCAGCGCGGCGGCUGCGGCGCCGGGGGAGUUGUGGCGGCUGGUGCCUGUAGGCGAGGCGCCGAGCGCUUGGCGCGUGGCGGAGCUGGAGAUGUACACCAACGCGAGCUGCGAGUCGUCGUCCCAGAUUCUGUCGACCGCCUUCGGUCCUGGUAGCCUGGUGACCUCUUCCGUCAGCUUGGCCGCGGACGGGCAAGUGGCCACCGAGUGGCAGGCAGCGGGCCCUACGGUGUCCAGCUGGCAGGGCCGCUAUGAGGGCGACAGCUCUACCAGCCACAGCCUGGGCUGGCCCUGGUUGGGGCUCAGCACCGGCCUCGCGGCUGAAGCGCCGCUGUGCCUACGCUUCUUGCAGGGCAACAGCAGCCAGAGCUCCGCCAACGACGCCGUGCUGCAGCGUUGGAACGGCACCGUAUGGCUGGACUUCGAGGACGGCCUCGGCCUCGCGCCCUACUUCCGGGACUUGGCGGAAGGCCUGUGGUACAACCCCAUCUUCUGGCUGCGCAUGCCCUUGUUGGACCGCAUGCAGUGGCGACUCCGAGCGUCGGACAUCAUGCUGAACCACUGGGCGGUCAAGGAGCUGCACUUUUACGAGUACAUCGACUGCUACAACGAGGUGACCGGGCUCCAGCUGGCUGCCGGGCAGGAUCCCUUCGUGCCCUCGCGCCCCGCCAGCUGGGCCUUUGAUCGGGACAUGCUCACGGACUGGUGGUCGGCCUGUUCCGAGUGCCUCGCCGGUGCGGCGUGGCUGGGAGUAGCGCUGCCGGCGCCGCAGAACGUGAGGUGCUUCCAGCUGUUUCAGUCGAGCAUGCCGCCCAACAGCGUGACCACUCCCUGGUUCUCUGGGUCCGUGAGCCUCGAGAAGUGGAACGGCAACCGCUGGG